AUGUCUGCUCCCUGGCACGCCAACUUCCCUGCCGGCAAGUCAAACCCGCCCGAGAUUUCGGCUGCCGAGCUCGCUGCCCUGUCUGGUCCCGGCAAGGAGUACAUCGUUGUUGACGUCAGAAGGACAGACAUUGAUUCGAUUCGAGAAAUGGAGGGUCAUCCAACUGUUGGACGGCAUGUCCACCUUCCUGUCCCUACACUGCCCGGGGACUGUCAAGCUGCCUCUCACUGCGCUCCGUGGUACGCCUAUGUAGCUGACUCGUCAGGAGCCGGACGCGAAGACGAUGCACCCUGCUGCUAUCAACCUGCCGGCGCAGACUUUCUAUCCGACGGUCCCCAACUCUGCGCCUCUGCUGAAGAACCCGGAGGGCGCGGUCCCCGUUGUGCCGCCUGGUACCAGGACUACCUGGACGAGAACGGAAUCAAGAGCUCGCAGGCUCUUGUCCUGAAGGGCGGAUACAAGGCUUGGGCUGCCGAGUUCCCCGACAGGGUCGUCAAGCUGUAA